UAAAUAAAAAGGGACAAGGUGAGGUUCCUCCUCCUGCAAGUCAGUCAAGUGGAGAAGAAACUGAAAUCUUGUUGCGAUCGAUCAACAAGCAAACGUUGAAGAUUGAAGAAUGGAAGGUACAGAAGGCACACAACAACCACACCUAGUGCUCGCUAACAAGCUAUUUCUCCUCACUCAAUCUGACGUUGACGACAUCGAGAAAGUCCGCCUCCGUGAUGACGUUAUGUCCACCGUCGUCGCCGAUGAUAUGGCUCCGUUGUACGAAACCCUAGCUGCGAGUUCGGUGCUGGCGCUUGACCAGAAGGUUCUGGACUCGAUGCGGGCGAAGAUUGAAGAAGAGGUUAAGAAGCUCGAUGAAAAAAUAGCUGAUGCUGAAGAAAAUUUAGGAGAAAGCGAAGUUCGAGAAGCUCAUUUGGCAAAAUCUUUGUUCUACAUCCGCAUCGGUGACAAGGAGAAAGCACUAGAACAACUCAAGGUGACGGAAGGUAAAACAGUUGCUGUGGGUCAAAGAAUGGACUUGGUAUUUUACACACUACAAAUGGGUUUCUUCUACAUGGAUUUUGAUCUUAUUUCAAAGAGUAUCGAUAAAGCAAAGAAUUUGUUCGAGGAAGGAGGUGACUGGGAGAGGAAAAACAGACUGAAAGUUUAUGAAGGCUUAUACUGCUUGUCCACCCGCAACUUCAAAAAAGCCGCUGAUCUGUUCCUUGAUUCUAUAUCAACAUUCACUACAUAUGAAAUUUUCCCAUAUGAUACUUUCAUAUUCUACACUGUUCUAGCAAGCAUUAUUUCAUUGGAUCGAGUUUCCUUGAAGCAAAAGGUUGUAGAUGCACCUGAAAUUCUGACAGUAAUAGCUAAAAUUCCAUACUUGUCAGAAUUUUUGAACUCUUUAUAUGAGUGUCAAUACAAGUCAUUCUUCUCUGCUUUUGCUGGCAUCACGAAGCAUAUUAAGUUGGACCGUUAUUUGCAUCCACACUUCCGUUAUUACAUGAGAGAGGUCAGGACUGUUGUCUAUUCUCAGUUCCUGGAAUCUUACAAGAGUAUCACUAUUGAAGCAAUGGCAAAGGCAUUUGGCGUGACUGUUGACUUCAUUGAUCUGGAACUGUCAAGAUUCAUUGCGGCGGGGAAGCUUCAUUGCAAGAUCGAUAAAGUAGCAGGUGUACUAGAAACCAACCGCCCGGAUGCAAAGAAUGCUCUGUAUCAAGCAACUAUCAAGCAAGGAGACUUUUUGUUGAACCGUAUUCAGAAGCUUUCUCGUGUUAUUGAUCUUUAAGCGCGUAAGCUUUCUGUUACUGUUUUCCCCAGUUUGAUACCGUACUUCUAGUCUCAAUGAUUUCUUGUUCUGUAAUAGUUAUUUUUAGUACACGGGUCGAGCAGAAUUGAUGGUUAUGUUGAUCCUAUGCAAUUACAUAUUUGUGUGCUUUUAAGUUUUCAUGGGAAUUUAAUUUGACAUUGAUGAAUA